AUGGAAAUGAAGAGUAAGACACUUCAGGAACAUGAAUCUGAAGUACACACAGAGGAGCUAGGGCGUAGCGGUCCAUCAUUGCCAUCCCGAACACAUUCAGAAUUCGCUGGUGGAGCGGCAUCUAAUAGAAGAAAGAUCAAUGAAAGCUUUGUUCCCUCUACUUCGAUUGUGUCGGAACGUGAACGCCGCGACGAUGAGCUCAUAGCAAUGCUCAACGAAAACGCUGUCCAUGAUGUGGAGGACACACGAAGCAGAAGGUCGAGUGGUGGUCGGAGUGUGAUGUCCGUUCAAACCACGCAAAGUGUGACCUCUGAGCAACCUCCAGAUAUUUCGCAGAUGAAAUCACAGUUAUGGGCUAAGGAGACACAAAUCUCUGCAAUGCGAACGAAGAUCUCGGACCUUGAACGAAAGCUGGCUAAGCGAAGCGACGAACUGUUUGAGUUGAAGGCAGAAAAAGAACUUGUGGAGCAGCGACUAGCUCAACAAGCCAAUGCAGAUAGCGUGGAGGAGUUGAAAAUUGCUAGGAGGAAGGCUCAAGAACAGCGGGAUGUCUUACAGGAUGAAUGCACACAAUUGAAACGAAAGUGUAUGGCACAUGAAGAGGAAGUUCGUGCGAUGGGAGAGCAGCUUCGUCUUGCCAAAUUCAACCUCAGCGAAAACAAGAAAGAGUUCGAUCAAUACAAGGAGAAAGCGCAGAAAAUUUUGCAAGCAAAGGAGAAACUGGUGGAUUCACUGAAAACGGAAGUCAGUUCGCGAUUCAUUUCGUAGUA